AGCCUUUGCAGACAGCACUGAGGAAAGGAAGAUGGAGGAGAGGAAAUGGGUGGGGAAGGGCUCGGCUGAGGGGCAAGACCGGGAAAAGGGAGCACACCGAGGGCAAGACCAGGGGGGAGCCAGCCAUGCCCCUGCCUGCAGCCGCUAAGCCGUGGCUGAGUCUGCUGAGGACGAGGAAGCUGGGAGCAAGAGCAAGAGCCACCGUGGGCCAGCGCCCCCCUGAGCAGGGACCUCCGUGUGGAGCUAAUGGAAGCCGAAUGGAGUCCUGACAGCAUGCACUCUCCUUGGGGGAGACGAGCCUGCCUUCCAGCAGCUAAGGCUCAGACCAUGAAUUACGUGGGGCAGCUGGCCGGCCAGGUGUUCGUCACCGUGAAGGAGCUCUACAAGGGGCUGAACCCCGCCACGUUGUCGGGGUGCAUCGACAUCAUCGUGAUCCGCCAGCCCAAUGGCAACCUUCAGUGCUCCCCCUUCCACGUGCGCUUCGGGAAGAUGGGGGUCCUGCGCUCCCGAGAGAAAGUGGUUGACAUAGAGAUCAACGGGGAGUCUGUGGAUUUGCACAUGAAGCUGGGAGAUAAUGGAGAAGCAUUUUUUGUUCAAGAGGCUGAUAAUGAUCAGGAAGUGAUCCCCAUGUACCUGGCCACCUCCCCCAUCCUGUCAGAAGGAGCGUCGAGAAUGGAAUGCCAGCUGAAGAGGAACUCCGUAGAUCGGAUAAGAAGCCUGGACCCUGGCACGCCCGCCCAGGUGCUGCCUCCCAGCGAGACCCCUUCGAGUGGCUCCUUAGUGAAGAAGAGAAGAAAAAGGAGGAGAAAGUCUCAACUAGACAGCCUGAAGAGGGACGACAACACCAACACGUCGGAAGAUGAAGACAUGUUUCCCAUAGAGAUGAGCUCCGACGAGGACACGGAGCCGCUGGACAGCAGAGGAGCUCUUCCUAAUGAUAUGCCUCCACUCCAAGACGAUGUUCCUAAGGAAACCCUUUCGUCAGUCUCCGUGUAUCCUCAGGCAGCGUCGUACUCUAACUCAGACAGAGAGUGGUCACCUAGUCCCAGCCUGGUAGAUGACCAGAGGGCCCCGCCUCAUCUUACAGUUGCGGCCAAGGGAGGACUUUCUAGUUCUUGUCCUCCGCAGUCUUCCCACUUCCAUACUUCGGAAAGUCCGUCAGGUUCCCGGCCUUCCACACCGAAAAGUGACUCCGAGCUGGUCAGUAAGUCGGUGGACAGGGCUGUGCAGAAGAGCAACCUGGAGAUGCUCUGGCUUUGGGGAGAACUGCCUCAAGCCGCCAAGUCAUCCUCUCCACACAAGAUGAAAGAUUCCAGCCCACUGAGCAGUAGAAAACUUUGCGGGAAAAUCCACUUUCAGGCCAUUCACAGUGAAUCUUCAGACACUUUCAGUGACCAGUCGCCAACCUUGACUGGGGGGCCACUUGCAGACCAGAGCGAGGCUCAGGCAGAAAUGCAGUUUGUGAGCGAAGACGACGUUGAGGCCUUAGGAGCGGCAGCCCCACCUCUGCCUAUGGUCGAAGAGCUCAAGGCCCCCUCAGCCAGCGUAGCCCAGACGGCGAACAAGACAGAUUCUCCUUCUCGGAAGAAAGAUAAACGGAGUCGACACCUGGGUGCAGACGGCGUCUACCUGGAUGACCUCACGGAUAUGGACCCCGAAGUGGCCGCCCUGUACUUUCCCAAGAACGGAGACCCUUCUGGGCUCACAAAGCACACCAGCGACAAUGGAGCCCGGUCAGCCAACCAGUCCCCGCAGUCCGUGGGCAGUUCGGGCAUUGACAGCGGCGUGGAGAGCACCUCGGACGGCCUGAGGGACCUCCCAUCCAUUGCCAUCUCUCUGUGCGGCGGCCUCAGUGACAACCGCGAGAUCACCAAAGCUGUGUUUUUGGAGCAGGCUGUGUCGUAUCAGCAGUUUGUGGACAACCCUGCUAUCAUCGAUGACCCCAAUCUUGUGGUAAAGAUUGGGAAUAAAUAUUACAACUGGACAACCGCAGCGCCUCUGCUCCUGGCGAUGCAGGCCUUCCAGAAACCUUUGCCAAAGGCCACUGUGGAGUCUAUCAUGAGGGAUAAGAUGCCCAAAAAGGGAGGAAGAUGGUGGUUUUCAUGGAGGGGAAGAAACACCACAAUCAAAGAGGAGAGCAAGCCAGAGCAGUGCUUGGCUGGGACGGGCCUCAGCACGGGAGAGCAACCGGCGCAGCUCAGCAUGGCCACCAGAAUAAAGCAUGAAUCAUCCUCCAGUGAUGAGGAGCACGCAGCCGCCAAGCCGUCGAGUGCGAGCCACCUCCCGCUUCUGUCGAACGUCAGCUACAAAAAGACCCUCCGGCUCACUUCGGAGCAGCUGAAAAGUUUGAAGCUGAAGAACGGCCCAAACGACGUGGUUUUCAGCGUCACCACCCAGUACCAAGGCACCUGCCGCUGCGAAGGCACCAUCUACCUGUGGAACUGGGACGACAAGGUCAUCAUUUCCGACAUCGACGGGACAAUCACCAGAUCAGACACCCUCGGCCACAUUCUGCCCACCCUGGGGAAGGACUGGACCCACCAGGGCAUCGCUAAGCUGUACCAUAAAGUGAGCCAAAACGGCUACAAGUUCCUCUACUGCUCUGCGCGCGCCAUCGGGAUGGCGGACAUGACGCGGGGCUACCUGCACUGGGUCAACGAGAGGGGCACGGUGCUGCCCCAGGGCCCUCUGCUACUGAGCCCCAGCAGUCUCUUCUCGGCCUUGCACAGAGAAGUGAUUGAAAAGAAGCCAGAGAAGUUUAAAGUCCAGUGCUUGACAGACAUCAAAAACCUGUUUUUCCCAAACACGGAACCCUUUUAUGCUGCUUUCGGAAACCGACCUGCUGAUGUGUAUUCAUACAAGCAAGUCGGCGUGUCUCUGAACAGGAUUUUCACUGUCAAUCCGAAGGGAGAGCUCGUGCAGGAACACGCGAAGACCAACAUCUCCUCGUACGUGAGGCUCUGUGAAGUGGUUGACCACGUUUUCCCUUUGCUGAAAAGAAGCCAUUCUUCAGAUUUUCCCUGUUCAGAUACUUUCAGUAACUUCACCUUUUGGAGAGAGCCACCUCCCCCUUUUGAGAACCAGGACGCUCAUUCUGCCUCGGCGUAAAAUGUGCCACACGGCCUCUUGACAGCAGUGCAGAGACUGGGCUUCACCCAUUAAAGGCAGGGUCUGGGGAUCGAGCGCUAGAGCUCCGGAGCCUGGCGUGCAGUCACUUGCUUAAGAGCAGUGAGGGUGGAGGAGCGAUUCUGCCCUGCCCCACCCUGGGCGGCGGCAUUUCUGAGAUAGAAAGGGCGCAGUCCACAGGCGAGGAAUCAGGUGCAUCCUUGGUGUGGAGAGCACUCCUCGGUUGUAGCUUGAUGCCAGCUAUGGCCCUGCGUCCCCAGCCUGCUCCGCUAUUAGGUAUCGGCUAAUGUGCAAUACGGGCCUAGGACACCAAGCAGAAGGCAGCUGUCCAUGGGCUGUCCCCUGACGGUGGCAUCGAGCGAGGAAUGCCAGAUGGGCACGUUUCUGUAGAGCGGGGGCACAUCAUUUCCACUGCAGCUGUGUUCGUGCCCCCUUCUGCACUUGGCCAUGAAGGGUCACGCGACCCAAAUCUGAGGUCUCUGAAGGGAAUCCAAACCCCCCUGGGUCAGGGCCUGGGCUUGAAGGAUGUUCCCUUGUGGUAUUUAUGGACUAGCCUCUUUUUUAGGUGGUAAGUUCCUCUUUAAUUCCUUUGGUUCUAGAUGGACUAUGUCAUGGGCAUAUUGUACCCUCCUCCCCUAUUUUUUGUGUGGCUUAAGGCUGCAAUAUUUAUGCCUUAAUGCACCCAUGACAGGCAUUUCAUUUAGAACAUGCUCUGUCUAGCUCUUGGUAACUUUGCAAUACCUUAAAUUAAAAUGACAGUAAAGAUGACUAAGGCAGUAUUUCGAAUCAGUCCCACAUUGCAGGCACGCUCGGAUCCAGCGAGGUGCUGCUGAUAACGUGGACUUGAACAGAGCUUACGCCGUGACAAUGAGGUUGAUUCUUACGGGAAUGCUGAAAGGAUGCUGCUUGGUUUUAAGAAAAUAGUUUUAAGAAGUGAAAUUAUAUUCUUCGUAGGUAUUAUCUAGUCCUUGACUCUGACUGGGCUACCCUUCUAAGCCCUUCGCCAUAUUCUGUUACAGCUGUCAUGAGUCUGUUAAAAAGAUGGACGUGCCAGGCCAGCCAGAGGGCCUCAUUCUGCGUGUCUGACAGUGACCUUCCUUGCGAAUUUAGGAGUCAUUUAUUUUCCUUAGCUUUUCCCACUCUAAUUAAGGGCACGUGAAAAACGAGUAGUUUGAGUGACACGCUUGAAUCCAGUAGCAGCUGAUGCCUGUUUAUUACAUGGCUUGGGGAGAGAGCGGUGUGAAAAAUGGAAGACUUAUUUUGCUAAAAGACCUCGCUUUACUUUUGGAAGUAUUCUUUUUUGAAAAGAGUGUUUUACUCCAGUGAUGGAAGUCCUUCCCUAUUGAAACAUCCUUGGUAGUCAUAGGAGCAAAAAAUAAAAGGAAUAGUCGGAUGAAACCUUACUCUUUCUGUGAAAGAAAAGCCCGAGUGGCUGCCUUUGGAGCCCAUGGGCUCCGUGAGAACGGGCACCUGUGCUGGGCGGUUCGUGUGGGCACGUGCGGAGAGGCAAAGUCCAUGGCCGCAGAUCUGCACAGAAACGCGGCCUUGUGUGUGCACGUGCUCUUAUGGAGGUUUUAGAAACCAUUGCUCAUAGUCCUGCCUUAACCAGAUACUCUGGGCCCAUUCAUUCUUCCCUUCUGAGUGGUUUUAACUGCUGUGAACUGAGUGUCAGCUCACGGGCCUGCAAAGGCUCCGAGCUUCUCCCCUGUGCCCAGAGGGAGUCUGCUUCGAGAGUGGGCACCCUGUCCCUUGUCCAGUGUGCCCUUCGUCGGGGUGACCCUCUGUCAUCCACUCUCCUGGUGGAAGUUUCAGAGCAUGCAGCUUUGGACUCCUAACCUUAGUGUCCCUUACACUUCCACAUCACGGU